AUGGGGGAAGAUGGGUUUGUGGUUACCAGAGGGGACCGGGAAAUUAAGCGGUCUGUCCGGGAAGGCAGCUCUGCCACAGAUGGCCCUCUGACCUUCAGCAGAACAAUUAGCAUUGUGGCUGGAAUCAAGUACAUAAUGAAAGUGGAGAUUGGCCGGACAACUUGCCCCAAGCCAGCAACUGAUCUCCAGAGCUGCGCUUUCCAUGAUGCACCGCAGAUGGCUAAGCACACCAUUUGCAACUUCGUAGUGUACACUGUUCCUUGGCUAAACCAAAUUAAACUACUGGAGAGUAACUGCCAGUAA